UUCCGGGUCGCUUUGUUCACUUCUGGGUGCUGCUGUGUUUCCAGGCUCGAUGCACACAUGCACACACACACAUGCACACACACACACACACGCGGAAAUAUUCAGCUAAUGUCGCUUUGGGUUUUUUCUCUUUUUUUGCACGAUUGACCUAGUUUGUUCACGUGUAACGGAGCCCCGUGCGUUCCUGGUGAAUGUAGCAGGGCUUCUCUCCGCCGCGUGUUGGGUGGAUGUCUGCACAUCCGACUCCGGAGCCUGAAAUAGCACACACCACAAUACUCCAAAAUACCAGCAUUUACAAAGACAUGAAGCCCACUGCUGCCCUCGUAACGUCUCUGUAGUGAAUGGGGCAUGGCAGCUUCAUUUAUAAAGCUCCUUUCAUAACCGGGGGAUUCGAGGUGAUGUACAGGGACAUUCAGAACUACGUGAAAUAAAAAAAAAAAAUCAUGCACAAUAAAAAGAGUAGAAGGAAUUGGUAAAAGGAUGAAAGGGAAUAAAUUUAUAAUAUAAAAUGUGAUUUCUUUUUUGAUUUUGCAUUUUUUUGCUCUAAAGGGAUAUAUCGUUAAAGUAUGCAUGGAGAAAUAUAGUUUUUUGUAUUUGUUUUAGGAAAUAUGUACAUGAUAAUUGCAUCAUUACAUUCCAAUGAGAGUGUUUAAAGGUCCAGUGGGUUAGAUUUAGGUGAAGGGCAUCUAUCGGCAGAAAUAUUUUUUCUUUAACCUAGAAUGAGCCCUUUAUAUUUAAAUACUAAAUAUUUACAUCUGGAGCGGCAAUGUUUUUUACAAUAGCCCAGACUGGACAAACUAAACACUUUUUGAGUGUUUAUGAUAACUGAAGGGUUUGUCACGUCUGAGAGGGGAGGAUGAGGUGCAACAUGCAACUUCACCACUAGAUGUCACUCAAUACUACACAGUGAACCUUUAAAGGUUCACACUGAACUGGUUCAGUGUGCUAAAGGAUGCUUCUUCCUGUUUGAAUGUUGCCCUAAAGGUUUCACUGGCAGACCUCUCCUCAGUGGUCUCACAGGGUUAUAUUGCACUUUCAUGUCUGUUAUGUAUUAGAAGCAGCUCCACUCACAGAUUCCAAAAUAAGCUUUACAGUUCUUUAAAAUUCAAUCCUGUGGCUGACAGUGUAAGGAUUUAAGAACAGUGGUGAUCUGGGCUGUUCUUUUACUUUUGGUUCAAACUCCUCCUUUGUCUUAGAUGAGUUGUAAGUGCCUGAUUGUCUCUUUAGAAAGUCCUUAAAAAAGAAAUACUAUAAUAGAGAACAAAACCGUGACUGUUCAAUGAACUAAAUGUAAAAACAAACUGUCACCAAGAAAACCAUGGUCAGGUUGCUGAGAGUGCUCCAAGUAAUGUUGUAAUUUGAAAUUGAUACUUUACUAUCUCAUCCUCAAUGUAAUGCUCAGUAUGAGAAAUUUUUAAAUAUGGAGGUGAAAGCACAGAAGGAAAACAAGCAGCUAAAAGUGACGAACCAAAAGUCCUAUCUAAACCAUUGGAAGUUCUGCUAUCUUUUGCAGGUUUACCUCUAUUUAACAAAAGGCACAGCAUACAAAGUUAAUUACAACAAUAAAUGAAUAAUAAAUAAUAAUAAAUUCAGUAUUAUCAAUAAAUUCAAAACAGUAUAUUCUGUAAACGGGAAAAAACAACCGUCACAUGCUUCAGAGGAAGAGAACGCAUAGACAGGGAGAAUGAUGCUCUACAGUAAUUUAAUUGUGUGUGUGUGAGUGUGUGUGAGUGUGUUUCCUGUUACAAGCACUGUUUCUCUGAAGUCUCCAAAGAACUGACUACAACAGGUUGUGACACACAAAAUACACUGCAGUUGACUCAGCUUCGCAGGAAUUCACAGAAAUCUCUAACUUUACACUCUUUGGAGAUGGACCUUGUCUUGGAUUUUCUUCUGAUACUUGUCAUCCUCUCCGGUGGACAGAGUUCUGAUGACAGUAAUCUUUGUUAUUCAAAGUGCCCAGCUGGGUAUUCUAAAAAAAAAGACUGCGACAAUCGAACUGGGUAUUAUGAAUGUCAAGAAUGUGUAAAAGGGACGUACACAGCGAGAGAAAACACUGUUAAGAAGUGCAUACGGUGUGGAUCCUGUCGAGGGGAUGAGGUUAUAAUAUGGCCCUGCAACUCAACCAGAAAUGUGGAGUGUGGAUGUAAAGAGGGAUAUUACUUGGAAGGCACUAAGUCAAAUGGAGGAUACUGCAUUCAGUGUGACUGUCAAUAUUGUAAAGGACCUGAUGCAGAUCGUAAGAAGUGCCAGCCAUGUCAAAGGGCAUGUGCAGAAACUCCAGUUUCAUCUCCACCUACAACUACACCAAGAAACUCCACUAGGAGGGUAACGGAGAAUCCGAAGAUAGUUCCCAAACAGGGGCUUAUGCCUAUGUGGCUGUUAGUCUUGGUUGAAUUGGGGAUAUCUGUGCUCCUCUGUGGGCUCCUGCUGCUGCUGCUGCACCUCAUCCGGAAAAAAAACAAAAAAACGGACAUAGUCCUCUGCUGCAGAACCAACAUAGAGCAAGGCGGCUAUCAAGGCAGCAGCUCGACCACACUGAGAUUUAACAUUUCGGAGGAAUCCCCCAUGAUGGAUCUCAGUCACUGUCCAGCCCCGCCACGACACCCUGCAGCCCACACCCGGCCUCUGCUGCCAACUGUUGAGCAAGGAGCUGCCAGGCAAGAUGCGCAGUCAGUGCACUGGCCGGCCAUCGUCCUCUAUGCCAUCAUCAAGGAGGUGCCCCUGCGUAGGUGGAAGGAGUUCUUGCGUCUCCUCUUGGUGGCUGAUCAGCAGCUGGAGCGUGUCGAGCUGGAGGCUGGUUUGGGCUCCAUGGAGAAGCAGUACCAGAUGCUGAAGCUGUGGAGUCAGCGCUCCUCCGCGAGCCUGAGUGACGUCUUCUCGGCCUUGCACCACAUGGAUUUAUCCGGCUGUGCCCAGCUGCUGCAGGAAAACCUGGAGAAGAUGCAGGUGGACUUCCCAACCAAAGUAUGAACUACCAAAAGAAGAGACAACAGCUUCUCUCAGCUUCUCGAGUGGCGCCUCUGAAAAGUCAGCGGUGGAGGGCUGUGGUUCUGAAGUGCGCCGCUAAAAUGUAAUCAUGUGAAACUCUGAUUGUGUGUGUACAUGAGAGAUAAGCAGGGUGAGGUGAAAAUGAGGAAAAAGAAAAAACAAGUUACAAUUUUACUUUAUGAAAUUGGUGCUCAUCUUUUUUUCUGGCGUACAACCAGUCAAAGUUAGGACUCCUGUUCACUCUGAUCUUCUGUGUGAACUUGUCAGUGUGCAUAUGUGAUAUUUUGUCUGCGGAUCACUUCCCCACUUCGCAUGUCACCUUCCUGACAUUAGACAUGAAAGAAACUUUGGCUAUUGAUUCCUGUUGUACGCCCUCACAAGGGAAGAAGACUGAAAAACCCGUAGAUCAUCAGAUUAUCAGUUUCCAGCACAUUAAAGGUGACCAGGCUGGGUUUUUCCUCAGCACACAUGCUUUUGUUGAGUUAUGUCUCGCUUUGAGAUGUUUUUAUGUUCAGUUCAGUAACCGACGGCUAAGAAGUUUGAAUUUCCAGUUUAUUACUGAAUGUUUUAAUAUUAAUCUGUUUUAUUUUUUUGUCUUUGGGGUUUAUGUCUGUGUAUAUUUAAUAAAUAUUAUGUUUCAUUUUA